GCUGUCUUUAUAGGAUUACGAGGUGCAUUGAAGGGUCAACCUACAGGGAUUAGGAUGGGGCCCCUGUGUUUGUGGGGGCCCCAGGCAAGGGCCCAUCAGGCCCAUGUACCCCAACUGCCUUGUCCUCCCUUCCGGGGAAAUCUGGUUAUUCAGCAACCAGCCCGGUGUAAUCAUUUAUUUAAUCCACGGUGAGUGGUGCGGGGGUGUUGAAGUUGAUCCUGUUGGCCUGGAAUUUAAGGUUGUUUCUGGAGAAGCAGAAAUAAAAUCUAAAGUUAAAAUAGCCACCAAGGCCAAUCCUUGGGAUGGCAAAACCUUGAAGGCCCAGAGCGUCCGCUCGCAGCUGGAAGAGUCGCUUCAACGUCUACGGCUGCCGAGCGUGGAUCUCUUCUACCUCCACGCCCCGGACCACGAAACCCCCGUGGAAGAAACGCUGCGGGCUUGCAAUGAGCUUCACAAAGAGGGGAAGUUCAAAGCGCUUGGCUUGUCCAACUACGCCUCUUGGGAGGUGGCGGAAAUCUGCACCCUUUGCAAAGCCCACCAAUGGCUGCUGCCGACGGUGUACCAGGGCAUGUACAAUGCGACCACAAGGCAGGUGGAGAAGGAGCUGUUUCCUUGCCUCAGGCACUUCGGAAUGAGCUUCUACGCUUACAAUCCACUGGCCGGUGGGCUCCUGACAGGGAAAUACAAGUACGAAGACAAAGACUUAAGCCAACCACCGACCGGCAGGUUUUUUGGGAAUGACUGGGCCAGAGUCUACCGGGACCGGUGAGUCUCCACGCAGCGGAAGGGACUGGCACCUUGAACCAGAAGAGAGGGAGUGAAUGGAAAUUGGCUCUUUGGUUGGAAAGGCUAAUACAGAU